UACACACGUGCAUCCAGCAAGGCGUGAGACUUUGUUUACCUCGAAGUUACACAUGUGCUUGAAAAUCAAGCCCGGGCCUUUUCACCCCCCUCCGGAAACAACACGCAUCAAAAAUUCAAAUGACCUCGCGUUAUUACAAAACUGGGAUAGUUAGACCUCUUACACAUUGUUAUUCAUCUCAUAAAAAAAAAUCAGCUCCUGUCUCGAGCUGAAACGCCCCGAAUUCAAAGGAAAAUUCGGGAAUUAUUUUGGCUCAGCCAUGUUUUGACGUGAACCUUCAGUGAAAUACUGUUAUGACACCUGCAGAAGCGAUCGAAACUAAUAUGGCGACUAAAUACUUUUAUGAAUUCUUUCCAGAUUCAAACAAGCUUGUUAACAAAAAAAAAUGAAACAGGAAUAUUUCGAAAUACGAAGUUAUAUUCAUAGCACCUUGUAAGAAAACUAACCCCUCUGCAACACCAAACGGUCAGAUGAUGGCAUUCUCGAAACUGUCUGACUCAGUUUAUAUGAGGAUGUGUCAAGACAUAGGGACACUACAACAAGUGACCUCCAGGAGAGAUAUUACAGAUAUAACACUGUGCCGGAUAAUUAUGCCACUGUUAGACGACAUACAAAAAUAUGAUAAGGUGAGAUCAAUGAGGACUGGAAGUUACAAAGAAGGAUUCAGAUUACAGGUACGUGGUUCAGACGUUGACUCUAUGUUUUGGCCUACUGACCACCGAGUGAUCUGGAACUUCUCACAGACUUUAUAUUAUAACGUACACAUAAAGGCGAUGAUUCUAUGUGAGAGUUCUGAAAGUCCACCGGGAUAUACAUUACUUUGGUUACCAUACGAAGGCGCUGACACUAGAGUGUUGUCAUCUUGUGUCAGGAUGAAUGGGGUACUCUAUAUAUCAAGUUCUAAAUACCGGGACAUCGCACAUCCUUCGAUGACAUGUGAUGCUAUAGCACAUGGACCAUGUAGGAGUGGAACAGUAGACGGUGUAAUUGACUAUGAUAUAGCCCAUGGUUUUGUCAGUGAUUUUUGGCCUCCCUCUGCCUACUCAUGGAUAGACAGAUGUCACUCAUGGCCCCUACCUCAUGUUGUCAAUGACAUUGUCAGAAAUGGAUGUCACUUUGUAGCAAUAGGUAACAAACAAGGAAAUCAUGCAGACAACGAAUGGAGAAUCUCUUUCUCUCAGGCAGAAUAUAAACUUGUGUGUUCAAUGAAUCACACUCAGUUCUUAACUUACGGUUUGUUAAAGUUGUUCUUAAAUGAAAUAAUUAACAAUGGCUUAAGAAACGAAGAUAAACUACUGUGUUCCUACCACAUGAAAACAGCUGUUUUUUGGGCCAUUCAACAAGACACACUACCUCACUGGUGUCCACAAAAUCUCCUGGCCGGUUUCUGGCUCUGCUUCAAACUUCUCCUUAAAUGGGUAUAUGAGGGGAUCUGUCCAAAUUUUUUUAUUCCAGCAAACAACAUGUUUCUGAGCAAAAUCCAUGGGGAAGCACAAACAACUUUAUACAGCCGACUGUAUGGGUUGUAUGAGAAGGGUAUAGCAUUGCUGCUACAAAGUCCCUCCAUCAGGUCCUCUAUCAUUUAUGUCCUCUGUAAUCCCGGACUCGCGGUGUGCACUGAUGAACACACUCUGAUCUCUGAGGCUGGGUUUGAUGUAGAAUUAUUUUGUGAAAUAAAUAGGAGUGAUGGACAAUACAAAAAAGACUUACAACACUGUAUGAAGACUCUUCGCAUAAUAGAAAAGCAGAUUGCUUUACCCCUGUCACAGUGUCAAGUUGUCAUGUUACAGAAAUAUACAGCCACCACUUUUUUGUAUACCUCUGCUAUGUUAAACAAUAUGUGUACAAAUACAAGAGUCAACAAACAAGUGUAUAUUUCAAGCAAAAUGGUUUCUCACAUGCUGAAAUUAGCAGCCAAGUUUGGGUGUGUUUCUGACAUCUUGUACAUUGCCAUGUAUUAUUACAAUACACUCAAAUACAGGGAAGCUUUAUCUAUUAUAGAGAUGACAAAGGUCAAGUUAGCACAGCCAUAUCUUAUGUAUAAUGAACAUGUAGACAGAGAGAGAUAUACUGAGGCUGUAGGGGGGCAGUCCUUGUCUACAAAGAUGAGACGGGCUGUAAUAAUGGAUAUCAGACACCGUAAUGGAAUGUUUUUAAUCAAUGAACUUAUGCCAGAACAAUGGUCUAGUGGGCAAAACAGACAUCCUUUUUUGCUUAUUCCACCCUAUGUACUGUUACACAUGCUAGAGUUUUUGUGCUCUAGACAUGUUGACACAGUGAGAGCACAAACAGCUCUAAAUGAGCUACAGGUUCUAGUUCACUAUGAUCAAGGACAUCUUGUACCUGAUUAUAACAGAGACAUUUCCUGGGAGAUCCUGGGGAUCUGUCAACAGAUCACUGGGAACCUCCAGGCUGCCCUACAAUCAUACAAACAGUCCCUCCGACAAUAUCCAUUCAAUGAAAUACACACUGCUACCAUACAUAGAAUUCGUGAUAUACACUUAUGAACAUCAAUUAUCAGUAAAAGUCUGAAUAAAUAUAAUUAUGCAUUAAAAGUCUUAUACCUUUAGACACCACAUUGUCAGUAAAUGGUUGAGUAUUUAUGAAUUGAAAACUCUUCAAAUGUUUUUGAAACACAUGCUAAUGUAUUUUGACAACUUCAGCAAUUUUAAGCAGUGACUCUUAUAAAAGAAUGGAUAUGUAUUGCAGUCUAUUUUACAAUAACAUGUACAUUACUGUCAUGCAAAUGAAGUCACCUUUUCUUUCAAAUUCAAAUCACAAACUGAUUUGAUCGUUCGACAGAAACUAUAAAAUACAUGUAUGGGAUUUCAGUCAAACUGAUAUGAUUUUUAUGUAAUAAUUUUGAUAUGUGUCAAAAAAAAUGAAUUCAUGUAAUAGAUUUGACAUGUUUAAAAAUAGAUGUAAUUUCUAAUAGAAUUUAUGUGUUUCUAAUAAACGUAUUUCUGUUUAAAUUCACAGUAUCGGUUAGAUUUUUAUAUAUCACAUCAAUAAGCAUCAAAUUUUGCAUUAACAACUCUAUCAGAGCAGGUGUAUAAUGAAUUUGUUACAACCCAUGGUUUUUGUUAUUUAUGUGUCUUAUGAUAACUGGUUCGUUACUGGUUUCCAUAACAUCAUGUGCUGCAAAGCCCCUCCAAAUCAAAUUGACUUGAUGGACAUUUUCCAUCGAAGCACUGCAGCUUCAAAAUCCGAUGUUAUAUUAAGUGAAAUUGUUAAUGACGCGCAAAUUUUCCUUGAGUGAUUGUACAGUACCUGUUAUGUUAUAAAAAGCCAAAAAAAUGUUGGCUUUGUGAAAAAAUAGAAUGCAGCCAAUCACAUCUUUUUUAUUUAUUUGAAUGCCCUUUAUUUAAAAUAACUACAUUGCUGAAUGUUUCACAACCACAACUAUGAGAACUUUAUACUUUGUCUGUCUGUCGGUAUAAAUGAAUGAGGUGAUGGGUUUAUAAAUGUAGGAAUGAAUGUGUUCAUGUAGAUGUUAAAAAACAAAUUAACUUACAAUUUAUAAUUAUAUGACAAGAGUCAAGCUUAUUAUUUGAUAUCCAAUUAUCCUUUGUCUUGUAUACAAAAAUAUCAAUAAUAUAUCACUCUGUAAACUGGUAUAUACAUGUAGUACUAUAUACUAUAUUCUAUGAUUAUUUUAUAACACAACUUCUUGACUUUGUAUUUUGGAGAGGGUUUAUAUAGGCUUUGCCUGUUGCCUAAUCCAUUUGAUUACUAAAUAAAAUAUGUUUAAAUCAAAAAAAUUAAAUUAAAUUACAACCAUAACUACUGUCUUCGUACCAGUUGGUUAUGGGAAACUAAUUAAAGGUAUGAUGCAAGAGUUGCUGAUGGUCACCAAAUGACAGGGAUUGAGAUAUCAGGUGUGUUUGCAAAGAAAAACCCUGAAUUUUUAAAGUUUUUUUAAAAAAUAAACUUUAAAAAUUGCCAUUUUUUAAGUUGGUUUUAAUUUAAUUUUUAAUUGGUUCAUGUUAUUUAAGUUUCAAAUAUUGCUAUGCCUUUAUUGAACGUGUGUAUGUAGUUGUUGGUUACAUGUAGUAAAGUAAACAAUAUUUAUUCAUUUUUUAUUAUCAGGUUGUACAUGACUUUAUGAAUUGUAAAUAUCUUUUAUUAUAUUAUACUGGGAGGGUGUAAUUGAUACACCUUCAAUAUUUUAGAAGCAAAAGAUUAAUUGCAUAGUUAAAUAACUGUUGGUAGGGAUAUACGGAUGACAUUGAAUCUCAAUUAUAAUUUUCAAAAAAUAAAUCAAUGGAUAGCAUGUGUUUUUUAGAUAACGCCUCAAAUAUUUUCUUCGAUACAAGAAAUAGUAUUUAAAAAACAGAACACCCCACCUACCAUUCACUUCCUCGGGCGACGCUUUGGCCGGCAGCCAUUGUGAGGUACCUUGGUUACCACAGAAAUCGAGACAAUCCUCACACCUGAGGUCCGUAAUCCUAUCAAAGCUGACAAUAGGGUAAAGACAAACAAACAUAAAAAAUACUUGUUUACAAUAAGCUCUUCACAAUUAAAAACAUUUCUAUUCAGAAAGAAGAAUUUAGAUAUAUAACACAAAUCAUUUUGAAAAUUUUCGAUUGGUUCAUCUGUCUCAACUUUGUCAACUACUACAUGUGCCUGGCACAUUUAGGUCAAUUAUACAAAAGUUGUUUUUAGUUUUCAAAUUAUGCUUUUCAUUUUGUUCAUUGUCUCUCCUAUCAAUAACUCUUGGAAACAAGAGGCCAAUGGGGCCACAUCGCUCACCUGAGCAACAAUGGGCGUUCAAAAGAUAUUGUGCCAUAUGGUCCCUCGGUAGAAUAACAAAAAAUAAAUAUUGUCAAGUAUUCGAAUUUUACACUUAUUUUUGCAUACACGUAAUCUUUGACAUCGUACCUUCAUGAAAUACUAUUUUUUACCAGAAUAAGGAAAUCCUACGCAAGAUAUAAAUCUAAACAUUUGGUAGGGGUACACUGUUAAGUUGUUAACUUCCAAUUCCCUAUAUUUUCCUUCUGCC